ACUGGCCAGGGAUUAGGGCUGGAGUGUCCUCUAAAUGAAGUGCCACGGCGAUCGCGUGAUCCACAGGCGGUGAGCGCGCGCGCGCGAGAAUGCGGGCUUGCGGCGAGCUCCACCGCGCAGCGAUUGUCGCAGGUCUGUGUUCUUGCAGCAGGGUUAGCGGCAGUGGCAGUGGCACUAGCAGCAGUGGCAGCGGCUCCAGUGGAAGCUGGAAUUUGUCGCUGGAAUGCUUGCAAGGUAGAAAUAUAGCAGAAUGUAGCUUUGGGCUAGAGAUCAGGAACCCGAGAAGCAAUUCUUUGGCCUCGUCUCGUCGCCGGGGAAAUCUUCGCGACGUUUCCGCGCCUUCUUCUUUCACGAUAAAUGGGACUGGACGGAUCUCUAGGAAGGACGAGGGACAGGACGUCCACUUGCUAAAGAAAAUUCGCGAUUUGCAGUCACUAGCACUUCAAGGAGCUGCUCAAUGGAAGAUUGUUCCAGCAUCGAAAUCACUUCCAACAAAUGUUUUUCUGGGUGUGCUCGCGCUGGUGGUCAUCGUUGGCAUGCUCAAGCUCAGGGAAUUCGUUCCUUUUGGACGUAGAUCCCCGGAAAGUGGCGUUAAAUCGAGAAUACAGAGGUCAGAGUGGUUCAAGGAGAGCAGGUCGUCGAACGGGAAAAGAAAACUGGAUGAAGCAUUACUCCGGCCCAGCAAGAACUUCAAGGCCGAAGAGGCCGACUUUCCCGUGUUCGAAAGGCUGGUUAUACAUGAUGGCGAAGUAAUCAGGGGUGGUUCUAACAACAGCAAACUGGAGCCGGGUAGCAGAAGAAAGAUCUCUCUUGCCCCUCGCAAUACUGGUGGUCAAGGUGUCAAAAGCAGCACGCUAGCUGACGCGAACAGACUGUCGAGGAUUCGAAAUUUCCUUUCUAGAACAAACGAUCACAAUGCGAGGCCGCUCUUUCAGAACUCGAAAAAGACGUCUGCCGAAGAGGCUAUCAAGGAACAGGCGGGUGAAACUCACGUUCAACGUAACUGGAAUGACAAAGAUGAGCUUGACUUGAGGAAACGAAUUGAAGACCUUCGACAAAGUGUCCAAGCUGCAGAAUAUAACCGUAAGGCCGCGAUCCAGGCGCUGGUCCAGGAGAGAAAGCGCAGCCUCGAGCUGGAAGUAAAGAUCAGGAGACAGAAAGAAGCUGCCACUGCUCUCGAGGAAGAAGUUCGCGUGCUCAAGGAAUCUCACGAAGCACUGCUGGCUUCUCUUCGUAAGAAAUACAGCUCCUCCGCAGCUGCCCGAGCAGCAGCAGCACUCCUGUAUCAAAACUGGGAAUCUGGCGAAACAAGUAAUGUGUAGAACAAACUAACGGGCGUGAUGAAAUUUUUGGCAACAAAGAAAAAAAUAAAAUCUGCUCUCAAGCUCCAAGAAACCCAGAUUCAAGUACAAAGGAAAGCAUCGAAUUUUGUUUAUAGGGUUAUAGACAAUAUUUCAUUUGACAAUGAAUUUUUUCAACUUAGAGAUGCAUAACUCAUUGCUAAAAUAUAAGAAAGCCCUAACGCCAUAU